AUGAAGACCCAAACAAUUCUUUCAAUUCUUUUGGCUACGGCCCAUCUUGCAGUCGCUCAGGAGCCAAUCCGUGAGCCUGAAGCUGAAGUCGCAGGUGACCGAUUCCCAGUCCCAGCAACAAAGGAGACUACAAUUGCCCAGGCUUUUGGAUCAUCAAACUCGGGAGCCAAUCAGCAAGCAAUUUGCCAAUGUUACGACGAUGAUGGAACUAACUCCCCAUCUUUGACUGCUGCUACCAGCCAGGAGCAAGGUGCCAACUCAGACAGUGGUACUUCAUUCACCCACAUCGUAGACACUACUCCCCCCAAGAGACCAUGGAAGAGACAAGGUGGUGGACAGGUCACCGAUCAGGAAGCUCCUGAGGCACCGAGCGCUGCAGGAGGAUGGAAGCCAAAGCCAAAGCCAAGCAAGCCAGAAGAAGCCGCUGCAUCAGCAUCUGUUGAUGCCACUCAAGUCGGUAUCAAUGCUGCUGGUGGUGCCGGAUCUGCUUCAGGUCCAUGGGGAGCCGUCUCCUAUGCUGGCCCCUCCAUUGGUGCCAACUAUCAAGACAUUGAUGGAAACUGUGUUUGCCCACCAGGGAAAUCUCCCCACAAGCCAAAGGGACCAACUGAAGGUGGCGCAACUGGUCCAUCGACUGGCGGCCCAUCGACUGGCGGCCCAUCAGGAGGCGGACCAUCAGGAGGCGGACGCCCAGGGGGAAACGGCAAUGGGAGCGGAAACGGAAAUGGCAACGGCAACGGUAAUGGUAACGGUAAUGGUAACGAGAACGAGAACAAGAAUGAGAAUGAGAACGAGAACUUGAAUGCCAACAUCAACAAGAACGAGAACGUUAACAUCAACGGCAACGCUAAUGCCAACAUCAACAAGAACUUGGGACUCAACUUCGGUAGCAACAACAAUGGAUGGGGAUCAUGGUUCGGAAGCAAGGCCGCUGCCGCCGCCGCUGACCCCGCCGCCUCCGGUACUCCAGUCGCCGCCAGCGAUGCCUCCGGCGUUGUCGGUGCCACUGAUGCAUCAUUCGUCCCCGAACUCUCCACUGGAGACGCUUCCGGUGUUGAGCAAUUCACCGGUGCUGGAUCCAGCAUUGUUAUCUCCGCAUGGGGAUUCCUCGCUGCCGUCUUCGCCAUUGCCAACGUCUUGUAG